AUGUCACGUGCUCAGGAGAUUUCCAAGCAAAAUCCUGAUUUGGCCUACGCCCUGAACGCAGACCCCUGUGGCCACUGCCUCAUCAUCAACAACGUGAACUUCUGCCUCGAGUCAAGGCUCACGGCCCGCACCGGCUCCGAUAUCGACUGUGAAAAGCUGCAGCGACGCUUCCGCUUGCUGCAUUUCACGGUGGAGGUGAAGUGCGACCUGAUGGCCAAGCAAAUGGUCCAGGCUUUGGUGGAGCUGGCGCGGCGGGACCACAGCGGCCUGGACUGCUGCGUGGUGGUUGUCCUCUCUCACGGCUGUCAGGCCAGCCACCGCCAGUUCCCAGGGGCGGUUUAUGGCACGGAUGGAUGUCUUGUGUCCAUCGAGAAAAUUGUGAACAUCUUCAAUGGAGCCAGCUGCCCCAGCUUGGGAGGGAAGCCCAAGCUCUUCUUCAUCCAGGCCUGUGGUGGGGAGCAGAAAGACCAUGGGUUUGAGGUGGCCUGCGCUUCCCCUGAAGACAGGACCUCUGGCAGUGACCCGGAGUCAGACGCUGUCCUGUUCCAGGAAGGCCCAGGCCCCUUUGACCAGCCAGACGCCGUGUCUAGUUUGCCCACACCCAGUGAUAUCUUCGUGUCCUACUCCACCUUCCCAGGCUUUGUUUCCUGGAGGGAUACCAGGAGAGGCUCCUGGUACGUGGAGACCUUGGAUGGGGUUUUUGAGCAGUGGGCUCACUCUGAAGACCUGCAGACCCUCCUGCUCAGGGUCGCUAAUGCUGUUUCGCAGAAAGGGAUUUACAAACAGAUUCCCGGUUGUUUCAAUUUCCUCCGGAAAAAACUCUUUUUUAAAAUGUGAUGCGGGCCAGAGCCCCUCCGCCUCUCACCCUGCUUUACUGUUAACCCCAAAACCUUCCUGCUCCGGGCCCACGGCAGCCGAGGCCAGGUCUGUUCUAUGGCUGUGGCUGUCGUUCUUUCAAGGGGUUUGUGGCCUCUCGUGGGUCUGCUCUUUCCCCACCAGUGCCAGACAGGCUCUUAGCAGCUUCCACGUUGGAGACAAAUGACCUGCGAGAGGAAGAGGGGCAGAAGACUACCAAGGACACUGCAGGACUCUUCCCAGCAGCCCUUUCUCCAGCCAGUGGCUGGGGCCUGUGACCCCAUGGUUGUCUCUACAGGAAGGCUUUUGACCUCAGUACUAUUGACAUUUGGGGCCAGAUAAUCCUUUGUUGUGGGGCCGUCCUGUGCGCUGUAAGAUAUUGAGCAGCGUCCCUGGCCUCUGCCCAUAGAUGCCUGUACACCCCUCCCUGAGUAGUAAUGACCAAAAAUGUCUUCAGACACUGCCAGAUGUCCCCCCGUGGGGCCCCACUUGAGAACCACUGAUCCAAAGGAAGUUUUGGUUACAAACAAAUCAGCAUCUCUCUUAGAUCAGCAAGUAUGGGGCUACUGGAGUCUGAACAGUUGGAGUCUGCAAAUCCUAAGUGAAGUUUUAAAAGUUACCUAUUUUUCUUAUGUUCUAGUAUGCUUAAAAAAAUCUUAGGUGAAUAUGGACCCCCCCUUUUUUUUUUUUUUUGCCUAUUUCC